GUUUCCAUAGCGACCAGCUGUCGUUGGCAGGGGAUUCAAAAUGCUACCUGGAUGAAAACAGAUGAGCAGCACAGAAAAGCAUCAGAGAUGGCUCAGUUGUUAUCUGAAGAUGAGUUAGAAACUCUCCUCAAGCAGCUUCUGAUAAGUAACGGUGACAAGAUCUCUUUUGCACCAUCCACUGAAUGUGCUGAAGAGAUCCUUCUUCACCUGCAGGAGACUGACAAGAACUUUCACAAUUAUGAGUUGGUCAAGUACCUGCGUCAAUACGUGGAAAGCUCUUUAGGGGGUGUGGUGGGAGAGGAAACGAUGGACUUGACCAAAGGAGAAGGAAAAAAUCCAAUAUGCUCAGGACACGACACCGUCACUCACGCUGUGACCCAGAGGACCAGAGAUUCAGCUGACUACCAGCAGAUGAUGCAGACCUUGAAAAGUACAAUGAUCACUGUUGUAGACUCUUUGAUCAACAAAUUUGAAGAGGACCAGCUGAGGAAGGAGGACGCACACGGAGAGGGCGAACAGUUCAACAGCCAGAACACUGAUAACUGCUCUGACAGUGACUCCUCCUUCAACCAGAGUUAUGCAUUCAUCGGACAAGAGCAGCUGCAGAAAUUGGCUGAAAAACUUGACCCCAGCAAGCCCAAGGAGGUUCGAUGGGAGGCUCUACAGGCUCUCUGCCGUGCCCCUCCAUCUGAUGUGCUGAGCUGUGAGAUCUGGAGCUCCCUGCACCGGUACCUCUGUGCAGCUCUGACCGAUCCUGACCUCAACGGGAAUGUGUUGCAGUUCUUUGCUAAAAGCUUCUCUUCCUCUCCACUGAAUGUGACACGAGAGAUCUACACCAGCAUGGCUAAAAGUUUGGAAUCAAGUUUCCGGUCUCAGAAACAUACUUUUCCAAGUGGCUCUGAUUCCAUUGACAUCAACAGAGCAGAGAUCAGUCAUCUUCUCAAACAGAUGCGAUUGAUAAAUGACUUUCAGAAGGAGGUGACCAACUUCUGGAUCCGUCAUCCAGAGAAAUAUAUGGAAGAAGUUAUAGAGAGCACAUUCUCCCUGCUGUCCUUCCAUCCUGAACAUGGCUCAACAGGAGCUGAGAAAACCCUGGAACCAAUCCAUUUACUGGCUGUAGUGGACAUUAAAGCAACUUGGUUUAAUAAGUGGAUGCAUGGCAACUACAGUAGAACUAUGGUUCUCAGGCUCCUGGAGAAUAAAUACAAGACUUUGAUUGCAGUGGCUCUUCAGCAGUGUAUGUAUUAUAAGGAAUCCUGUGACCAUUUCAAAAGUGAGAUAACCGAUUCUCAUUUAGAGGAGAAGGGACAUAUUGGUGUUUAUUCUGGAAAGGAACUUGAGUAUUCCUUCUUUGUCCACUCUCUGUGUGUCCUGGGGAAGCUCAUCGUCUACACCAACGGGCAAAAGCUCUUCCCCAUAAAAACAGAGAAGCACAAAGAUCCAAUUACUCUGACAGACUUGGUUGUCAUCCUUAUUAACAUCGUGUAUCGACAACCGAAGCCCCUGCGUAGUCAUGCGUCACACCCAGACUCCCUGUCCCCCAGCAGCCUGGUGAUGGAAAUACUGUGGAUGUUGUGUGAGCAGACUGAAUGUCUCAGCCAGACCCCCAUUAUAGAGACACUACUGGAUCCUGUUAUAGCCAUUCUAAAUCGCCAACAGUCCAAACUAAAAUCUCCUGCAGAAACACUGGCUCUCAUCGCUGAUAUUCUGGCUCGCAUCGCAAGCACCGACAGGGGAUUAGCUCUUUUCUUACAUGAGAAGAAUCUUGUUGUUGCCCACAGCGACAGGACCUUUGCUGCUGAUGUCGUCGUGCAGUUCACCCUGAGGCUGCUGGAUAAGGGACUGCCAUCACUGAAUGAAUCAGAUGUUACUCACGCAUUAUGUGGAGCUUUCAUCUUUGUCUGUCGCCAGAUAUACAACACCUGUGAUGGCCUGCAGGUCCUGCGGCCCUAUGGUCUGCACAAAGCCCUAGCUGCUGCAUGGAAACAGACCAGCUCUUUGUCAGAAAGAGUUCCAACACCAGUACUUGGAUGCAGCCCUGGACCACCUGCCCAAGAAACACAGAACAUGCUUCUCUGGGAGGAAACAUUGUUGGACAGCCUACUGAACUUUGCUGCAACCCCUAAAGGCCUGUUACUGCUCCAGCAGACAGGAGCCCUCAAUGAAUGCAUCGCUUACAUGUUCUCUCGCUUCACCAAAAAGCUACAGGUGAGCCGCUGUGAGAAGUUUGGGUAUGGGGUGAUGGUGACACAGGUGGCAGCAACUGCUCCAGGGAUUGUGGCUCUGCACUCGUCAGGUUUUGUCAGGGCUCAGGUAGUAGAGCUGUGGUCUGCUCUUGAAUUCGGCAGUGACGAUGUCAGAGUGGUCCGCCCUACACCAACACCCAUGGAGCCCAUAGACAGAAGUUGCCUCAAGUCCUUCCUGUCCUUGGUUAACCUCCUGUCCUCUUCCCAAUCGGUGUGGGAGCUUCUGGGAAGGCAAUCUUUAGCUAACAAGAGUGAAUACACCCUGCGAGAAAUGCCAACCUCCAUACUUGAUUUGAUUGACAGGCUUAUUGCUGUGAAUUCAGAUGCGAAGAUACAUUCCCUGUUCCAGUAUGAGCAGUCUCACACAUUCGGCUUGAGACUUCUAAGCGUGCUCUGCUGUAGUCUGGACACCUUCCUGCUGUUGGAGAGCCAGUAUAACAUCUGCUCCAUGCUGCUGCAGAGUCAGAGGAAGAACGUUGUCGACCCAGAAACCCCUGACGGGGUGAUCAUCAUAGACAGUCUGUCGGUGGAGAGGAAUCAUGUGCUGGUUCGUGCGAGUGUUGUGGGAGGCCCAUCUGAGAGGAGGCUUCCAUCUCGAGUCCUGCAAGAGGGAGAACAUCCUUACCCCUGGCCGAUGUUCUCAUGCUACCCUCUACCACACUGUUACUUUUUGGACCCACCGAAGAGCCACAAUGACCCACAAAACCAGGAGCUCAACGUAUUCCUGGCUUCAACAACAGACCCAAAGAGUGAGGAGAGCUGGUUAGAGAUCUGCCGGAGACAGUACUGCAAAGCCAUGACAUCAAAACAGAACACUCCAUCUGGAGAGGUGCUGGCCAACCUUCUGGAGAAAGUUGUAGCCCAUCUAUGCAGCUCUGCAGCAGAGAGCUUCCUCUCCUUCACUCAGUACACAGUGCUGGCCAACCUUCUGGAGAAAGUUGUAUCCCAUCUAUGCAGCUCUGCAGCAAAGAGCCUCCCCUCCUUCACUCAGUACACAGCUGAUGAAAACAGCGUGAAGAAUGCAGUCUUAUCAUCUGUAGAAAAGCUGGGUAUUGAAACCACUAUCAGGUAUGGCAGCUACCUCAAGUUACUGAAAGAAGAUGCCACAAAUGACCUGGCUCUGCUAAUGAAGCACAUAAACAUCUUCUUAUCCACACAGAGGGUUAACGCACCCUCUGCACUCAUCACACAUAAGGAGGGAUAUCCAGGUCAUGACUGGCUGGUGUCUACAGUUUUUCUCCUCAUGGCUGGAAACUUUGACCGCUCUUUGCAUUUGUUACUUAACCUCUCCUCUCUGCUUACAUCUGCAUUCAUCUGGCCUGCAAGGAUACAUGCAUCUGCCCACCUACCAGAGGAAGUGGCUGACUCAGGGAUACCUCCUGUCUACUGGUGCACAGCUCAUUAUGUGGAGAUGCUGCUGAAAGCUGAGGUUCCUCUGGUCCAUUCUGCCUUCAGGAUGUCUGGCUUCACUCCCUCACAGAUGUGCCUUCAUUGGCUGACUCAGUGUUUCUGGAACUACCUGGACUGGACGGAAAUCUGCCACUACAUAUGCACCUGUGUGGUGAUGGGCCCUGACUACCAGGUUUACUUAUGUGUGGCAAUAUUCAAACACCUCCAGCCAGAGAUCCUGCAGCGCACUCAGUCCCAGGAGCUGCAGAUCUUCCUCAAGGAGGAGCCGAUUCAGGGAUUUGAGUUCAAGAACUACUUGGAAUUUAUGUUAAGCCUGGAGAGCAGUUACAGGAACAUUGUCCUUUCUGAUAUGAAAAGUAUCCGAAAUCCUCUGGAGUAAGAAUGUGUUGAACCUUCUUGUUCAUUAAAGUUACUCUACUACUGAAAGUCUUCACAAAAGGCCACUGAAUGUGUUUGAACUUUACCACAGAUUGAUUUGCAUCUAUUCUGGUAUGAAUUAAGACUCUUUCAUUUUAAGCAUCUUUCAAACCACUAGUAUUCUCUGUGUACUAUAAAAUAUUUAUGUGCACCAUGUUUUUGUGCUGAUCAAAAUGUUCAGAGGGCUGGUAUCCAGCAGAUGGGGAUGUAUCAUGGAUGAGAGAGCUCUGCCAUCAAAAUGAAGAUGGAAAAUUGAUGGAAAACAGAAUUCAGGGCACUGUGUGUGUGUGUGUGUGUGUGUGUGUGUGUGUGUGUGUGUGUGUGUGUGUGUGUGUGUGUGUGUGUGUGUGUGUGUGUGUGUGUGUGUGUGUGUGUGUGUGUGUGUGUGUAACUCAGUGCACCAACCUGUUGGUGAAAAUGCUCAAAUUUAUAUAAACCUAAAGUGACCAACGGUUUUAAAUCAGGUUUACGGAUGAUAACAAUAGUGAGACUUUUGUUUCUGCAACACUAAAUAUCACAAAUGGUGCAAUUUAACAUAAAUAUUCCCUUGGAUGAUGCAUUAUAAGAAGUUAUGUGUGAUAUGAAGUCUGCUUUUAUUUUGAGCAGUUGAUGGUUGGAGGAUUCAAAACUAUCAUGUCGGUCCUGUUUUCACUCUGGUUUGUCCUCUUCUAGACUGCAGGGAGCCAGAAACUAUCCCAGUAGUCUAUUUAUUCAUUUGGUAUGGUGUUUAUCAUUUAAUUCUUACUAUGUAAAUAUCAGAACUUAAAAUGUGUUUUUAUAAGAAUCUUUUUUAAAUAUCACUAUUUGUUAUCACAGCAAACUGGCAGCUGUGAUUGGAGCGGAUUUGGGGAAUUCACUGGUACUCAUUCACAUAAAAAGUGACAUAUAUAAUAUUUAAAAAGUGAAAGUGAAAUCUUGGGUGUUAUGAGGAUGUGAAUGUUAAGUAAUUGUUGUCACAAAGUGGGCAGCUGGUCGCAGAUUGGUGCUUAAGUUCUCUGUACACCGUGGAUCCGAUUGGCAGGCAGGAGGAAGUGCGAAGCAAGUAAACCAGAGACAAAUAAAUGAACUGUGCCUGCAUGUAGAGAUAAGUAUUUGUUAGACACUCGACAUAUGACAACUCAAAUAGGAUACUUUGCCCAGCCGUGUUUUCUGAAGAUAUACCCCAGAGGGCAUUUCUGCACAAGAAGAAAUUCCAAUCAACUGAGUGACUGUACUUUACUUAACGCUGUUUCGUGUAGUUACUCCCCGACGCUGGAGGUAGCAUCUGUAAUGCCAGGAUAGAGUGCAUCACACAGCCUCCUGGGUUGUGCACUUAUACAGGUUGUUGCAUGAAAGAUGCAUGAGGAAUGUUGUAUCGUUGUGAUAAACCCUCAUUAGUAACCACAGGCUUAUCUCUGCCUGCCUGUGCUGCAGUCCGUUUGUCCUCCUCCAGACUGACUGAAUAAGCAAAUUCAUUACAACCAUCCAUCUCUUUCCUACAUCUGUGGUACUGGGGAGAUGUCUAGCAAGGAACCGAAUAAAUGUUUACCUCCUGAAAGACACCACUUCCCACGGAGCAUUUACCACUUAAGACCCUGCACAUUUGAGCCAAUGUGUGUUCAACUUUAAAGCUCGAGUAAUCAAUUUCUCAUUCGUCUGGGGACAGAAAUACACAGCAGCCUCGAUACCACUAGCCACAAUUUACCUUUUAGCCACAAGUAGUUUUUAAAGUAAACCACCUGAAGUUCAGGGGUGUGUGAUACGUUCCUGGCUUGUUAACAUCGGUAGAGAUGACCUGCUUUGGCUGAAGAUUUUAUAUUCAAUUCAAAAGUCUUUAUUUCGAACAUGAUAGUAGUUAAGAACAUACUUAAACAAUGAAUGCAAGCGGGACACUUUUUCUUUUUGGUAGCAGCAGCAGUCUUGACAUGUCGAGGAGUAGGAAGUAAAAAACGUAUGAACUCCGACCCCUUGAACUCAAUAGUAUGUUUUCAGAUGGACCCUCGUUAUUAGAUAUCAAAAAUAUUGACGUAUUUAGAAGUUACACAAACUAAUAGUAAGAAUUUUACACAGUAUAAAUAUAUAAUGUGGUAUAAAUUGGUAUAAAUUAAUAUACAUUAGCAGAUACCUGAUUUACUAUUGCCAUGUCCAGUUAGCCACUAUGUUGUUAUUAUUGUAAUGGCAUCUUUACAGGCCUGAACAAGAAAUCUAUCAGGCAGCUGUAGCUGAUCCAGAACGCUGCCGCCAGAGUCCUUACAAACACCAGGAAACUGGACCACAUUACACCGGUCAUGAAAUCACUACACUGGCUUCCAGUGAGUCAAAGUACAGAGUUUAAAAUCUUACUGCUGGUUUACAAAGACCUGAAUGGUCUUGGACCAAAAUACAUGCUGGAUCUGUUAGUUCCUAUGAAGCUCCCAGACCCCUGAGGUUCAUCUGGAUCUGGUUUGUUGUGGUUCCAGAACCAGAACCAAGCAAGGUGAGGCAGUUCAGUUAUUCUGCUCCUCACCGGUGGAACAAACUUCCUGUAGACCUGAGGUCUGCUCCAACUGUAGAUCCUUUAAAUCAGGCCUAAAAACAUUACUGUUUACUGAAGGUACUCUUAAAUAAAUACUUACCUGCUGUACUCUACUGCCCUUACUUUUAACAGAUUGUGCUUUUUAUUAUUUUACUUCUUUUCUUAUUUUAUUUAUUAUUUUACCUCCUUUUCUCAUAAUUUUAUUUACUGUACAAUUAUGUCUUGCUGCUUGUAAAGCACCUUGAAUCCCCUUGUGUUGAAUUGUACUAUAUAAAUAAACUUGCCUUGCCUUGCCUAUGCAUAUCAGAUACAGGUGUUGGUAUUCCUGCUGGGCUUUGCUGCCUGACGCUCCUCCUCCAGUGACUUUGAACAGGUGUGCUGUGACCCCUCACUGAACACCUCUGUGGGCCUAAACGGGUCAUCAGCUGGGGACCACCAUUCAUUACCGUUUCGCUCCUUUAACCCCAGUACGUCUCAUGGUGGCGGAGCGAUGGCAGGGAUCUCUCCCUGCCACCCCCUGCUGAUGCCCUAGGUGUUAGUCCCCCAGCUCUUCUGCUUCCUCCUUAGCCACAACCAGAAGCUGCCUUUCUCCGCCUCCUCAGCCAGCUUUCAUGGCUUUCCGAUGCCCCGCUCCUGUGCAUCCCAUGUCACGGAGUAGGCGAGCCGUUGAGGAACCCACGAAGCCCCUACACCCCACUUCCACAGGGCAGAUGACAGCUAUCCAGCCAGCCUCCCUGCACUCUGCCGCCAGGUCUGAGUACUUGGCUUGCUUCCGCUCGUACGCAGCCUCCAAACCUCCCUCCCAUGGGACAGUGAGUUGAACCAGAAGGACUGUUCUGCAAGCCUCUGACCACAAGACUAGGUCUGGCCGCAGCGAUGUUUCCACAAUCUCCCUGGGGAACUGGAGUUGCUUCCCCAGGUCGACCCUCAUGGACCACUCUUUUCCCGGUGCGAGGAGUCUUGCUGUAACUCGCUGGUGGGACGACUAUGUAAACAAUGUUUACUCUGAGUGCC